ACAGAGACGGAGAACCAGACCGCUAUUUGUAAAAAAUAAUUAAAAAAAAAAUCAGUCUCUCUUUCUCAAUCCAGCUCUUUUUUCUUUUCUGUCUUCCUGUUUAGAUCUCCACAACAGCAUCAACCAACAAUGGCGGUUAAUCCAUCAAUUCAGUGUGCGCCUCAGCUGGGUCGCUCUCUAUCUCCUCGCUCUCCCAUCGCCUUCUUCAAUCGGGUCUCAUCACGACCCGCUUUCUUAAACGAAGCUCCGUCUUCGAGAAUCGUUUUGGUUCGCUCUCAAAUGCCUAGUUCGGAUGGUUUGGGCCACACGAGAUCCGUGGUGGAGUCUGAUUCUCAUGUUGAGUCCUUAGGUGCUUCCGCUUUGUCUGCGAUUGAUUUCCUCACAUUGUGUCAUCGGUUGAAGACCACAAAACGGAAGGGAUGGAUCAACCAUGGGAUAAAGGGCCCAGAAUCAAUUGCUGACCAUAUGUACCGCAUGGCUCUGAUGGCUCUCAUAGCUGGCGAUCUUCCUGGUGUGAACCGAGAAAGGUGUAUAAAGAUUGCAAUUGUGCAUGAUAUAGCAGAAGCUAUUGUUGGAGAUAUAACACCAGCUGAUGGUGUGCCUAAACAAGAAAAGAGCAGACGGGAGCAAGCAGCCUUAAAUGAAAUGUGUGAAGUUCUUGGUGGAGGAAUGAGGGCUGUGGAGAUCAAAGAAUUAUGGGCAGAGUAUGAAAACAAUGCUUCCUUGGAGGCCAACCUUGUGAAAGAUUUUGACAAAGUUGAGAUGAUUUUGCAAGCAUUGGAAUAUGAACUGGAACAUGGGAAGGUGCUGGAUGAGUUUUUCCUUUCAACAGCAGAACAUUUCUUCUGUAGGAAAAUUUCAGACUGAAAUAGGAAAGAGCUGGGCAGCUGAGAUUAUUUCAAGAAGAAACUCUAGGUUGGCCAGCAAGCUACACUGAUCUUCUGUGUUUGGCGGCAGUUUUCAUCUUUCUGUCCAGUUAAGUAAGUUGCUAUGCCACUUGAAGACAUUCUCAUUUGGAUAUUGGUCCUUGAUUUUGGAUGGAUAACCAACAAGAUUGUAUGAGAAGCAUCAACGGGUAUAUCAUUGGCUGUCCAACAGCCAAAGGUUCAAAUUGUGGAUACACACAGUAACCACUAACCAGUACUCCAUCCAGUGGCGGAAAAAUUUAAUAACGGGUGCUCUUUUGUGGCCCAUCAACAUCUAGCAAUGAUCCCUUUUCCUAGUUUGGACUUCUUUACGCAAUAACUAUGCCUACACGAAUAGCAAAAAUAUCAAUUUGUAGCAAUUGUGGCACUGUGAGCUACAUUUGUAGAUUAAUUCUCAGGAAAUUAGUUAACGUACUUUUAGUUCAUCUGUGAUAGAUUUACAAAUGCCUUGUGGAAGUGGAACAUGGUAUAUGAACUCUCUUCUAAUCAAUUUUUUAUAUGAAUUUUUAAAUGAGAAUUCUUUACAUCAAAA